GCCAGAAGCUCACAGGUAGGAGCUGGACCCAGGAGCGAUCCGGGUUGGGCGUUCUAGCAGGUUGGGGAGGUUAGAGUGGAAUUGGGUGCGAGCCUGGCACUACCAGAGCAAGGUAACCGUCUCUGUAAAGUGGAGAUGGGUGCCGAAGACACUGCAUAAUACGCAGGUGUGAAGAACUACCGAAAGAAAUGAAGUAAGGAUGGAUGUGGGGCCGUAGGAGCCUUGGACCGGCACUCGCGAGAGCCUGGCACAGAGCAGGUGCUCGCUGACCGCUCGUUAAGAGUGAGCGCGCUGUGCCCACCAAAUGGAGCACUGCCUGUGUGUCCUUUAAUCCUCAGGACAGCCCAUCGACGUGGCACCUUUCUUUAAAAAUAUCUGCUUUCAGAAGGGAACUAAGUCCAGGCCAGGCCACGGUCAGGCUUGGCUUUCACCUUGCUCUCCUUUCCCGCUCCCCACCUUCUCUCCUGCCCAGUCCACCCCACCGUUGCACCUGCUGCUCCUUCUGCUUGGCCGUGCCUUCCUCCAGAUCUUUCCUUGCCUACUUCCUACUGUCCUGUCUCCUCAAAAAUGGGACUUCCUCAGGCCCGCUGCAGGCCACCGGACACCUUUUAAAAAAUAACCUUGGUACUAUGAGCGCCUCAAGCCGCCUUGUUUGUUUUCCCCUCUCUUCCCCUCUGGAACGCGAGCUCCACGAAGGCAGAGACCGCCAAGUCUCGUCCACCCGCAUCCCCCGCGUCUCGUACGCGGGAGGCGCUCGAGAGACUGCAGUCUGAGCGAGCAAGCGGCUCCGGACGGCCAAGUCCCCGCCGCGGCCUCGCAGGUCAGCCUGUUGCGUUCGGUCUGAGCGCCUCUCCUGUCGGACACUCGCACCCAAGACGCCGGGGCACAGAGGAGGGGUCGCUGUUCGAUCCCCGGACCACGCGGACCGAGGUCGGCAGGUCGCCAAGUCGGGCUGCUUUGGAGGCCAAGCCUUGCGGUCGCCGUGCCUCGGGCCACACCUGCUCGGCCCAGCCACCUUAAGCCGCGCAGCCUGAGGCCCCGCCCCACGCAGCGGGUCCCGGCGUCCGUCGCGCGCCGACGCAGAGCUCCCUGGCCAGGGUGGGGCCGGCGGGCUCCGCGGCUGGCGUCUUCCGGGCCCGGGUUUUGCCGGGCAGGUUCCGGAGACCAUGGAGCCCCGGGCGGUUGCGGAUGCCCUGGAGACUGGCGAGGAAGACAUGAUUACGGAAGCUCUACGAACGUACAACCGGGAGCACUGCCAGAGCUUCACCUUUGAUGAUGCCCAGCAGGAGGACAGGAAGAGACUUGCAGAGCUGUUGGUCACUGUGCUGGAGCGGGGCUUGCCACCCUCACAUCGUGUCACCUGGCUACAGACUGUCCGUAUACUGUCUCGGGACCGUUGCUGCCUGGACCCAUUCACCAGUCGCCAGAGCCUACAUGCACUAGCUUGCUAUGCUGGCAUCUGUGCCUCCGAGGCAUCUGUCCCAGAGCCCCCAGAUAUGGAUGUCAUACUAGAGUCCCUGAAGUGCCUCUGCAACCUCGUGCUCAGCAGCCCUGUGGCACAGACACUGGCAGCAGAGGCCCACCUGGUGGUGAGACUGGCCGAGCGUGUGGGGCUGUACAGCAAGAGGAGCUUCCCACAUGAUGUCCAGUUCUUUGAUUUAAGGCUCCUCUUCCUGCUAACAGCACUCCGCACUGAUGUGCGCCAGCAGCUAUUUCAGGAGCUGCAUGGCGUGCACCUACUGACCCACACAUUGGAGCUGACACUGGGGGUGACCCCAGAAGAGAGCCCUCCUGAUCUCCUUCCCCCACAAGAGACCGAGCGGGCUAUGGAGAUCCUUAAGGUGCUAUUCAACAUCACCUUUGACUCUGUCAAGAGGGAAGUGGAUGAGGAAGAUGCUGCCCUUUACCGGUACCUGGGGACCCUUCUGCGGCACUGUGUGAUGAUUACUGCUGCUGGAGACUGCACGGAGGAGUUCCAUGGCCACACAGUGAAUCUCCUGGGGAACUUGCCUCUCAAGUCUUUGGACGUCCUCCUCGCCCUAGAGCUGCAUGAAGGCUCCUUGGAGUUCAUGGGAGUGAAUAUGGAUGUGAUUGGUGUCCUCCUCACCUUCCUAGAAAAGCGUUUGCACCAGACCCACAGGCUAAAGGAGAGUGUGGCUCCUGUGCUGAGUGUGCUGACAGAGUGUGCCCGCAUGCACCGACCGGUCAGGAAAUUCCUGAAGGCCCAGGUGUUGCCGCCUCUGCGGGACGUGAAGACUCGGCCUGAAGUGGGAGAGCUACUGCGUAACAAGCUUGUCCGCCUCAUGACACACCUGGACACGGAUGUGAAGAGGGUAGCUGCUGAAUUCCUCUUUGUGCUGUGUUCUGAGAGUGUACCCCGAUUUAUCAAGUACACAGGCUACGGGAACGCCGCAGGCCUCUUGGCUGCCAGGGGCCUCAUGGCAGGUGGGCGACCUGAGGGCCAGUAUUCAGAGGAUGAGGACACGGACACUGACGAGUACAAGGAAGCCAAGGCCAGCAUCAACCCAGUGACUGGGAGGGUGGAGGAGAAGCCGCCCAACCCUAUGGAGGGCAUGACAGAGGAGCAGAAGGAGCAUGAGGCCAUGAAGCUGGUGAACAUGUUUGACAAGCUCUCCAGGCACAGAGUCAUACAACCCAUGGGGAUGAGUCCCCGGGGUCACCUCACAUCCCUGCAAGAUGCCAUGUGUGAGACCAUGGAGGGGCAGCUCUCCUCAGACCCUGACUCAGAUCCUGACUGAGGACGACAGCUCUCCUGCUCCCCUCCAGAACUGGUGCUGCUUCCAGAGGCAUCCUUGGGGCCUCAGCCUGGGGAAGCCACACCCACCUCUCCAGCAUGGAGUCACUUUCUCUACCCAAGUUCUGUUAGUGCUUUGCCUGUGGUCUGAUUUCUUAUACUUAGGACCUCAGUGGUCUUAUCCUGCUGUAACCCUGGGAACUCAGCCUUGACUUCCACAGAUGAAACCAUGUCUUUGAUAAGUGCUGAGGGUGCAGGGGUGGUGGCUGAGGGUAGGCCCAUCCUGGCACACAGGCUAGCAUGCCUUGGGAGGCUGGGCUUAGCAGGGAGCACACAAGGCAACUGUCUGGGCUUGGCAUUCUGACCAAGCUAACAUGUGGGGCACACACUACCUUUCACAAGGGAAGGAGUCUGCUAGAAUAUGUGAAUAUGUCAGGAACACUGAGCACCCAGGUAAGCUCUGUUGUCUAUCCCACUGAGCACAGGGCUGGCAGCCUCUUCUUUUUUCUUGGCCCUGGCUCAGUCAUGCUCUACAGUAUCCACACAUCUGAGCUCUCACUGGUUGACAACCGACUCAGUCCUACCCACUGGCUUAGACUAUAAAUACUUAUAUCAAGGUAGACACCCCUCAUGAGGCUGUAAGUUGAAAUCUCAAGAUUUCUAAAAGCCACAAAAACAUCACAGAAUAAAGAGUGGUUUCAGGUGAGA